GUCCUUUGCGGUCUAGUUACGCGCUGGUCGAUGGAUGUGACGGCAGCAGUUACUUGCUUGGCAACGUCUGCAGGGCUGCGAUUUCCGUGCGCUGCGCGACUGGCCAUCCGCCAGCUUUCUUCGGCGCAGGGUCCCCACAUGAAUCGGCGGCCAACUUGAGACAUACGCAAUCGCACGUCUAUCACAGGCUUUUCAAUUUCAUUUCCCAGAUUGAACAUCCCAACCCCACGGCCACCGCGCGUUCUACCGGACCGUAUACAGCCGUUUCAUGCAUCUCUUUGGAGUAACCUCCGGCCGCUCGUUACCUGCGCGAACCGCCUGCGUUGACCUCGUUGCUCCCACACUGCGCUGUGCCGAUAGCAGUUUUGUCUGGAUCCCCUAUCUACCACCUGCACGCCCGAACACGAGCGACGGACUGCCAUUGGGGUCGAACAAGUAGACCGCUGCCGCUGGCAGGAACUAGAAGGUUUGCUCAACACAAGGUGCUAGACUGCGACCAUGGGCUUCAUACAAGACCUCACCAGGAGGCUACCGUCUUCCAAGGACAGCCUGGACAAGCUCGACGACCUUUCACGACACGCAGAAAAGACUUCCCCCAGAUUAGCAUUCUUUCGCCGGCGCAUACGAUUGAAGGGAAACUCGACCGUGUCAUUACCACUCGGCCUGGUCCUGCUAUUUCCGUGUCUCGUCAUCAUCCUGAUACUGGUCCUCUUCGUCAGAUCGCCAGACUCGAAUGGCAUCAUGAACAUGCCUGGUGGCGGAGUGCCGCCCUCGAUACGGAAAAUCAGUGAAAAGUACGAUAAGCCCUUCGCAACAGGCUGUCUCGAACCCCAGACGAACGGUCCCCGAGCGAAUGCAGCAAUUGUGGUCCUUGCGAGGAACAAGGAGCUCGACGGCGUCAUUCAGUCCAUCAAGUCGUUUGAGAGGCAUUUCAACAGGUGGUUCAACUACCCUUAUGUUUUCCUGAACGACGGCGACUUCAACUCGACGUUCAAGGAAACCGUGGGCAACCACACAAAGUCGGUAGUUGAAUGGGGCAAGAUCUCACCAGAGCACUGGGGGUUCCCAGAUUGGGCUGACCCGGCGGUCGUGAAGGAGGGCAUCGCUAAGCAGGGCGACCGCGCUAUCAUGUACGGUGGUAUGGAGAGCUACCACCACAUGUGCCGAUUCUAUUCUGGCCAGUUCUACAAGCACGACCUACUGCAAAAGUACGAAUGGUACUGGCGUUUGGAACCGGAGAUCACCUACUUCUGCGACAUUACAUACGACCCUUUCAUCCAUAUGAUACGAAACAAGAAAACAUACGGCUUCACAAUCGCCGUGAAGGAGCUAAGAGAGACAGUGCCGAACAUCUUCCGCUACGCAUCGGCCUUCAAGAGGAUGAACAACAUUACAUCGCAAGGCAUGUGGGAGAUGUUCGUCGAGAAGCCCAAGGAGGAGCCCAAAGACAAGCUGCCGAAGGACGACCCGAAGUACAAGAAGCCCCUGCCCCAGGAGAUCUUGAACUCUGAGCCAGGCACCGGAGCACUUCCUGACAUUGACCCAGAGAAUAUGGAGGGCGAAAACUACAACAUGUGCCAUUUCUGGAGCAACUUUGAGAUCGUCAACCUGGCCUGGUACCGCAGCAAGGAGUACAACGACUUCUUCGAGAUGAUGGAUCGCAGCGGUGGCUUCUGGAUGGAGCGAUGGGGAGAUGCACCGAUUCAUUCGCUCGCCGCGGGCAUUCUUCUUGGUCCCCAGGACGUCCACUACUUCCGCGACUUUGGCUACCGACACACUACCAUUCAGCAUUGUCCUGCAAAUGCCCCUGCGCGACAGCUCCCACGGAUUCCUUUCCUCGAAGAGGCUACGAAGGACGAGAAAGCACGAAAGGAAGAAGAUGACUACUGGGCGCACCCAGAUCCGCCCAAGGAGAAUGGCGUCGGCUGUCGCUGCAGAUGUGAUACCGACAUCGUUGAUGUGGAGGGCAAGGAAGGGUCUUGUCUUGCUGAGUGGGUUGAGGUUGCUGGAGGCUGGGCAUCACCUGCACCUUGAUAAUUCUGUUUGCUUCUUGUUAUGCGUUCCGUUCAGGCGAGCAUUUUGGGAUGCGCUAGUAUUCGUGUCAGCUUCAUGCGCGGCGCAGUGGUGUUUACGAUGCGUUUUGGCUGGGCCACACGGCAUAGAUGUAAUAAGGGCGUUGCUGGGGAGGCCUCAUACCCAAUGUGCAUAUAGACUGGCGCAAUGGAUAUCACACAGGCUGCGCAUAGACUAAGAGCGCGAGUCAUGUUUCUGCAUUCCACUCGAG